AUUGUUAUCCUAUCUUUUACUUUUGUUGUUUGCUCGAUUUGGAGCUCUCGCGAAUAGUGAGUCAGUGUCUACUGUUGCUAACAUUAUUCUAUAGACUUAUAAGUUAUGCCUUAUGCCCAUAUCGUUCGAACCGUUUUCGUGAACAGUGAGGUAGAUAUAUAUAUUCUCAUCAAACGAGGUCGCAAAAAUGCUCGAUUGGCAUGAGCAAAGCUGUCUCGAAAGCAGUACACAAUGCUCUCUUGUUAAGGCAACAAACUCUCCAAACCCACCUGAAGAUACCAUAUCCUGGAACCUAGACGUUUAACGUUAUAUUAACGUUAUCGUAACGUUAUGCGUCCUUCAACUGACAUAAUCCCCAACAUUGUUAACGGACAUGGACAUCGUUGAAAAGACAAUCAUCACCAUCAUGACUGAAAACAGACAACGCAACGUACUGGUUACUGGAGCCAAUGGUUAUAUCGGCUCAGCAGUUUGUCGAGCCUUUGUCAGAGCAGGUUGGAAUACCUAUGGUCUCAUCAGAAACCCACAAGCUCGAGAGGAACUUGCACUUUCUGAAAUUAUUCCGGUAGUGGGAUCUUUUACUGAUCUGAGUUUCCUGGAAACACUUUUCGAAGAGGUCAACACUUUCGAUGCCAUCGUCAGCUGCACGGAAAAGAUCCCAGGCUAUGCUGCACACUUUGAAGAGGUCAUGGAUUGUGUGAAGAGAUUGGCUCAGAAGAGCAACGAAAACGGAGUUCGACCUCUAGUUCUCUGGUCGUCUGGCUGCAAAGACUAUGGAAUGACUGGUCUUCACGGCACACCUGGUCUGGCGCCUCAUACUGAAGAGUCUCCGUUGAAUGCACCAGAGAUACUGAAAGAACGUACGACGAACUCUGCCAGGGUCUUCGACUUCACGGAGCUCUUCGACGCGGUGGUCAUCAGACCAACAUGUGUCUUUGGAUAUUCAAACAGCUACUACGGUGCUAUAUUCGACUAUGCUGCUAAUCAGCGAGAAAAAGGAUCUGAUGUUCUUCGGAUUCCUGGAGAUCCUAACAGCAUCAUGCACGCAACCCAUGUUGAUGAUUGCGGCGAGGCUUAUAUUUCUUUUGCGAGACUUGAUGAUCGACGAGCCGUCGGUGGCCAGUUCUUCAAUGUAUCUGGCUAUCGCUAUGAGACACUCAAAGAGGUUGCAGGAGCUGUGGCCAAAGAGUACGGGUUUGACAGAGGGGUCCAAUUCGUCCCAGCUUCUGAGGCAGAGGCAUCGUUUCCGCCGGGACUACAUUUCGUCUUCAGCUUCAGUCAAUGGGUAGGAAGUGAAAAGCUGCGGUCUUUGACAGGAUGGAAAGACAAACGAGCGUUGUUCUCGCAGGGGAUACACGCUCAUAGGCUGGCCUACGAAGCCUAUAAGGGCAGGGGCCAUGGUAACGUCGCUGAAGUGCAGAAGAGGAUUGGAGGGAACUUUAAUGCAGAGAAUUAACAGGGACAGGGCACAAAAAUAGCCUGGGACGAUCAAAUGCGACUCGGCAUCUAGAAGCCGGGACUAGCCCCUGUGGGUGGUGGUGCACUGAGUCCGGGAGGUACGGAAACAGCUGUAGAAUGACGUAAGGCAGAGACAAAAUGAAC